CCAGGCGCUGUUUUCUGGAACCGGGGACUCCUGUUUGUGCAUCAUUUUUUUAGGCUCUAGUAGCCAUAGGGCACGUAUCACUUCAGUUAUGACAACAGGGUUGUAUUGUUAUUGAGGCUUUGUGUUGGCUUUUUAUUGUUGGUGCUUCUAGGUUAGGGAUUACGAGAUUAAAUUGUCCACUAAAAGAAACGCCUUUGCUUCACGCUGGACCCAGCUGGCACAUUCACAAAUCACAAGAAAUUUAUUACAAGGAUGGUAAGAAGUUGAGCAGUUAAACAAGCGACAUGUCAUCGACAAGCUUCACAGACAUAAAAUACAAGCGGGCGACGCAAACAAACCGUCGAGAGAAACUCUUCCUCACUGACAAGCUUAGUAAUCUGGACAAGAAACGCAGUCAAGCAGAGAAAGAGCUCAAAGACAUCCGUAACGCACGCAGACUCGUACAGGGGGUAACCGCUUGCCGGAAAUCAUCACUAUCGUCGCCGAACUUAUUACCCGAGAUUCCCUGCAGGCGAAAAUUCCUGCCCUCGCUUGAUUUGAAUGGCAACUACUUGAUGCCACCUUCACAAGGGAUGCGGCACUCGAAAUCAUGGGACGACAUUCGGUGCCAGAGUGCUGAUGGACCACAACGAAAAUGUGCCUCAUAUUUGGACCUACCAGAUUUGGCACCUAGUCCUCCACCGGGGAAGCUUAGGGACCAAAGGCAUGUAAGCAGUUCAGAGUCCUUGGUUAGUGGCGCAGCUUUUUCCACACAAAGACCGCCUUAUAAGCAGAAAUCCCUCAAUGCUUUGAAUAGCAAUGAUCACGGGUGGGUGAUGGAGAAGCCCAGACAUACGCGACGAGAAAGCCUAUGUUCUAGCACUUCAGACAUAGGUAACACCAACCUAGACAUCGGUAGCAACACCUUAAACAUCGGCAGCAACACCCAAAACAUCGAAAGCAACACCCAAAACUUCGGUAGCAACACCCAAAACAUCGGAAGCAACACCCAAAACAUCGGAAGCAACACCCAAAACAUCGGUAGCAACACCCAAAACAUCGGUAGCAACACUUCACACGUCAGCAAGACCACCCCAGACAUUGCUUCCACAAGUAACGCCCGAAAGAUUGGCGCUGUCCCAGAGAUUGUCAUGUCGGACUAUGAUUUUGAAAGAAGGAGAACGGAAUCAAGUCUAGAUGCGCAUGUGCGACUAGUGGCAGUAUCGCGCAGGCGCAAGAGCCUCGCUUCCACACUAGAGCUUGGCCGCAUGGUGCGUAAUGAGAAAGGCUGGAUGUCACAAGAGACUACAAGCAAGCUCAAACGAAUCGGUCAAAUCGACAUUACGAAAUUCAAAGCUGCCACCACACACCGCGUCACACGUCACGCCAAGAAUCUUCAAGAUGACGUGACUGAUUGUAGCAGCACGACUGGAAAUGUUGGCGCCAGGACCCCGCCAAUGAAAAGGGCGACGCAGUUCCUUUUCAACACUGCUUGAUAAAGUAGUACUGCGUGACAGGACAAACAGAGCUUUUGUAGCAGCAUCAGUAACAGAUUGCAGAAGCAUUUGUAAUAUAUUGCGUCAUAUGUCACGCUGAAUGACGAAUGCACCUCUCGGGCUACCCUUGCAAGAGAGUAAUUGGCUCUCUCAACGCCGGAGAUUUGGAAGCGCCGAAAGAGUUCCAAGUGGUAGCGUUUUUGUCCUAAUAGCAUGAUGGUAUAUCACCAAUACGAUGAUUGCCCGUAGAGUGAUUUAA